UGAAUCACUUCAGGAAUAUGAGGGACUAGAUACUUUGAUGUGCUAUCAUCUUUCCGACGGCGGUGUAUGAAUUCAUCCGAUCCGUGCUUCGGCUGGCGUUGCAAGUAGUUCCGGUGAAUUAACGGCGGAGUGAAGUCAGGAGAGCGGGUCCCUUCGGGUCUCACCAACCGACUCGAGUCAGACGCCGACGUCGGGCCGAGGCGUUCGUCUUGACAGUCGGAUGACCACAGCAGCGGCGAGUGACACGCCUGACGAGCACUCGGCAUGCGGCCCCGGUGGUGACAGGAAGCAGACGCCAACCGGGAGCUUUUGUCGUCGAGUCACGUUGGGAAGUGCAGGACAGCCACAGUCUGGAGCUUCCGAGCCGGCGUGCAAAAAUUAAAACCCGGUUCGUGUGCACUCAUCACGAUGUGAUCCAAGGUUGCAGCACCUCAACUAUUCACUGAGUCCAUCAGGAGAGUGCCCAUACAGCAAGGUCGCGAAGCUGUCCACCUUAUUUUCGAUCCGGUUCUCCCAACACCAUGACCUCUGAACUGGAAAGUAGCCUGACCUCAAUGGAUUGGCUUCCGCAGCUCGGCAUCAGGGCGGCCAUUCAGAAGACCGACAGAGAUGUCGGGGGACUUUACCACGGUCACUAUCAUGGACAUCACCACCACCACAAUCACCAUCCUGGUCUCCAACGUGGACAUCACGGGCCCGGAAAGAAAAUCACCCAGCUGGACCCUGGAGCAGCUUUGGACCAGGAGGAAAAUAGUCAACAAAGAGACGGUAAACCUCCAUACAGCUACGCAAGCCUCAUCACCUUCGCCAUCAAUGGCUCGCCUCGCAAACGCAUGACUCUCAGUGAGAUCUACCAGUGGAUCUGUGACAACUUCCCUUAUUACAGAGAGGCAGGCAGUGGCUGGAAGAAUUCAAUACGACAUAACCUGUCCUUGAACAAGUGUUUUCUGAAAGUGCCUCGCUCCAAAGAUGACCCUGGCAAAGUAAGUCACUCUCCAACAUGGCCGCCGAAAAAAAAAAGGUCUGCUAAAUAUGCGUCAACCCCUUACAGCUUGGAGUCGGAGUCUCUGCGAAUGGACUGCAUCAUGUCAGGUGGAGCGUCUCCCACUCUGGCCAUCAAUACGGUGACAAACAAGGUAGCACUGUACAGCCCGGAAGCAGACGACUGUGAAAGUCCCGGCAGCCUGAGCAACAGUCUCUCUGAGCAGAGCUUGACAUCUGUCAAUCUGAACAACUUGAACUCUACUGUGAGCAGUGGCGGAAGCUUGCACAGCUACACACCGGUUAGCAGUCACUCCGAGCCUUCGUCCCAGUCCCUGAGUCUUCAGCAGCCCACCCAGCCCACGCGGCCUCCCCCUCCUCCUGCGCAACCCCAGUACGCUCUGCCCGUGCCAGAGUCACGAGACAAGCACAUCUGCUUCUCGGACUUCGAGGACCUGAGCGCGUCCUUCCGAAGCCUGUACAAGUGUGUCUUUGAGCAGUCGUUCUCGCAGCAAGCUUUGAUGGUUAUGCCCGGGGACUCGAACCAUCCGACUCGGACAGCCUGCUCUUAUCAGCACUCACCGGGCACAGGGAAUGGCGGCGGCACAGCGGGUGGCAGCCACCAUCAUCAACACAACCAUCACCACGCCCACCACCCUCAGCAUCACCUGUCCACCCAUGGCCAGCACCCAUCUCUCUCCCAUCAGACUCACAGUGGACAGAGCUGCCCCACGACAGGCAUGACUUCAGAUUGGUACCCAAACCUGGACUGGCUGAAGGAAAGUUGCCGCAUCGCCACCAGCUACAAUUGGGCUGAUGUAGACCUCUCUCCAUUUCAUGGCCUGAAGGAGAGCAUGCGUCAAGCCGAGCUUAACAACUGGUCCCUGGAUGCCUCUCAGAUAGCUGACCUGUGUUCGUCCGUCAACCAGUUCUUCACGGCCACGGGCGUCAUCCCCGCACAGGGCACCGCCCUCUCCCAACCUCAGGUCGCACACCCAGCGGCGCCCAGGGCGCCGCAGCACCCAGCUCAGCCGCACGGCGCCAUGCAACCCAAGGCCAGCCAGCACAAUCAACACGGUCAACUCCUUCGAACUGGGAACAUGUACAUGGACUCCAGACAGAACGUUCCAUCUCUGAUGGGCCCACCUGGAUACCCCCACAUGCCCCCCAUUAGCAGCACAGCUCCCACCAUGACGGUGGACUCCUCCAUCACACUCAUACCAGGCCAUCACAGCCAGCAGCAGCAGCAGCAGCAACAGCGGCGGCAGCACAUGUUGCCUCCGGGACACUUCCAGGUAAGACGCAUGCUGGCUAGCGACGACAUCCAGGACGACUUCGACUGGGACUCCAUUGUGUGAACAGGAAGUCAGAGACAUGCAGCGAUGACGAUAACAGAGGUAUGAGACUGGCCCAUCCAAAAAAAAAAAAACAAAAAACAAAAAAAACACUGAAGACACUGGAGACAAUCAGUUACCGAGUGGACCAAGUUGUAAAUUGACACUAAUCGAAUCGUCUUAUCGUGAGUUGCCCCUCCCUCGUGCUGACGUGUGACAGGAGUCAAAACAUUGUCUGUGAAAUGUUUGCUUUUGUUUUGUUGCAUUUAGUACCAAGGACUGUGUGGGACACCC